ACAGGCACCUAUUAUACUCCCCCGCCAGCCCUCCAGCCGCCUGGUCUAAGACAUUAUCCAAAAACUGCCGAAUGCUUCUCAGCUCCCCAAUUCAGCGGGGGCCGAGGAACAUUCGGGUGAUCAGCGGGAACACUUGUUCUAUAUUGUGGCUUGCCCCCGAAUCGGCGUUGAAGCCAGUUAUAGCAGCACGAGAACCCAAAAUGUAGCGCGGAAUAGCGUGAUAUAGCGUGGUGUAGCGCUAUGUGAAGAAGCCAUAGUUCGGUGCAUAUAAGUGGUGUAAAUGGUGAAAAUGGUGGGUGUGGUGGGUAUCAAUUGCACAUGUCUGAGAGAGUGUAUUGUAGUGUGACCUCCCCCGUGUGUAAUGCGAUGCCGCCAUAGGCCACAACCCCCAUCAACCCAUCACGCCGAGAUCAACCUUACAGCGCCCUAACAGAUCUACUCUGUAAGUCGCGCUGAGUCCCGUAUGCAUGCACAUACUCUACUCUAAUCGCUAAUCGUGGGGUGCCAACUAGAGUACGCCGUGUACAUUCACGGUCCCUGAUAUACAGUAUCGCCAAGUACCACGCACUUCCCGUGCCAGCGGCCUUAUUAUUCCCAUUCCUUCCGUCGGUGCGACGACGAUCGGGGGAGAGCGGCACUUCACCUCCACAAGAGUACCACGCACUUCCCGUGCCUGCGGCCUUAUUAUUCCCAUUCCUUCCGUCGGUGCGACGACGAUCGGGGGAAGAGCGGCACUUCACCUCCACAAGAGUAGCUGCAUCAUGACAACGGCGCGGGUCAACGCUGUUCGCCCAGCCUGCGAGUUAAUCUACAACCCGUCCACCACCACUCCUCCCAUCCCUCUCCCCCUGCCCACACCCCACGCCCUCCUUACCGCCCUCCUCUCCCUCCCGCCAUCCACCACGCGUCCCUCAACCCCCAACCCCACACCCAACCCCCUCGUCCACGCCCCCGCUCCCAUCCGCACCCUCCUCACAACCCUCCACAUCCUCCUCCCCACCCUCCUCCUCCCCGCGCUCGACCUCCUCGACCGCGCCCUCCUCACCCGCAUCACCACCCCCCCGCACCUUCCAGAACCAUCCGCCACCUCCGCAACAGCGUCUAGCACCGAAGCAACGGGGUCCAUGCCUGCAGCCGCGCCAAGCCAGUCCCAGAGAAAACAGGUCUACCUCGUGCGCUCUUCACAGACGACAGGCGCCCGCGGUGCGGUGGGCGGGAGGGUGUACAUCGUCCGGCUGGGGGCAUGGAAUUGCAGUUGUGCUGCGUUUGCGUUUUCUGCCUUUCCGGGGGCAGCGAGUUCACUUGUUUUUGACGCUGAGGAGGAGGAGGAGGAGGUGGAUGUGGAUGUGGAUGGUGGGCACGGGGGAGGAGGGGGGGAGUGGCAGUUUGGCGGGGUGAGUAGGGAUGGGCUUGGCGGUGGAGUGCCGUGUUGUAAGCAUAUUCUGGCGUGUGUGUUGGCGGAGAGGAUGGAGGGGUGGGUUGGGGUGGUGAAGGAGAGAGAGGUGGGGAGGGAGGAGAUGGCGGGGUUGGGGUGUGAAGGGUAGGGGCGUGGGAGGAGGGAUUGGUAUGGAUGGGAGUUUCUUGGGAGACGGAGGAUAUGGAAUUGACGUGUGCAGGAGUUAUUGGAACGGGUUCGGGAUACUACCUUUGCUGGGUUGGUAGAACGGAGUUUGGGGUCAUGGUAUGGUUUUCUCUUUUCAUCUAAUGAGGCUCGAAGAACACAAAAAAGCAAAACUAUCACAUGAGACGCACUGCUAAGCACUUCCAAGCCAAAGUUUAUAUUGCAGGGUAU